CACCUCCUCAUGGCACCUGCCGAGGCUCUCUCUGGCGACCAGAAAAGCCCUCAUCUUGCAAGGGUGAUAUUGGCUCGGCUCAAGGAGUUAGUCCCCACAGAUCAAUCCUUCACCUCCUCCGGCAUACAACGUCUCUCCGCACACUUCACCGACGCUCUGCUCGCUCUCCUCGACAACCCCCAUCAGCUUCAUUACUCCGCCAGCGAAGUCCUCACCGCCUCCAAAUCCUUUCACGACAUGUCCCCCUGCGCCAGCUUCGGACACCUCACCGCAAACCAAGCCAUUCUCGAAGCCAUCGCCGGCGAACGCCGCAUUCACGUUCUGGAUUACGAUAUUGGGGAAGGGGUGCAAUGGGCUUCCUUCAUGCAAGCGCUGAGUUCUAAUCCCAACACCGCAGCUCCGCAUCUGAGAAUCACGGCGAUUUCCAACGGGACGAAGGGAUCUGCAUCCGCGUCGCAGGAGGUCGGGAGGAGGCUCUCAGCUUUUGCUGCAACAAUCGGUCAGCCGUUCAGUUUUCGCAUCGCCCGACUGGAUCAAACGAAGAUUUUUACUCCGGCGGCGGUGAAGAUAGUAAAAGGAGAAGCUUUGGUGGCAAACUGCGUUCUGCACCCCGCGCAACUCUGUUCCGCGGCAUCGCUGGCCUCCUUCUUAACAGGAGCGGCGGCGCUCGGCGCUCGAGUUCUGACCGUUAUCGAAGAGGAAAGCGGCUCGGUUGAAGCAAGGGAGGAGAAGGGGCUUGUGGGAGAAUUCAGGGAUGAGUUGGAGCGUUAUAUGGCUAUAUGGGAGUCGUUAGAAGCAGGGUAUCCGAUGCAGGCGAGGGUGAGGGAGAUGGUGGAGAGGGUGAUUUUGAAGCCGAGGAUUGCUGCGGCGGUGAUGAGGGCGUAUGGAAGGAAGGAGGGGAGGGAGGGGGUGGCGGAGAGGUGUGGGGAAUGGAUGGCGGCGGUGGGAUUUCAGAGAGUGGGGUUGAGUUUUUUUAACGUUUGUCAGGCGCAGUUGCUGCUUGGUUUAUUCAAUGGCGGGUACUGCGUGGAGAGGGAGGAGAUGAAUAAGCUCGCGCUGUGCUGGAAGUCAUGCCGGCUAUUGUCGGCUUCUGUUUGGGCUGUUCCGCCGCCGCCAGAGUAAACGGCUUCGCCGCCAUUAAUUGGCAGAGGAGAGGAUCGUGUUUUGGUUUCGGUUGAAGAGAUCAAUUGUUUCUCCUUCUGAAAUUUUCCGAAUUGGAGAACCGAGACAAGGGUUUAGCCAUUUGUGAUUUAGGAGCAAUUAUCGCAUGCGGAGAGCCCACACA